GACGCGGCUGCAGCUCAAGGGCGUCGUGCAUCAGCUGCUCUUGCGCUCUCUUUGCUCUCUUCUUUGAUCUCCACCAGCUCGAGCAGAAGAUCGCAGCACGGAGCUCUGUUUGACGGCGCUUGCACUUCCCUCCUCGUCUGCAUGCCUGCCUACCUGCCUGCCUGCUCGAGGUGCUUGCUGGGUUCAGCUUCCGGCGGAGCUCUGUUUCGAUUGACUCGUUGCAAAUUGUGCAUGUUGUCCCGUAUCGUCGCAUUGUCCCGACUGAACUGAACUCGGCUGGUUUGGAGGUGGUCGUCCGGCAUUUGUUCAUUUCUGUGUCCUUACAUGCGUUGAAGAUUUGCUGGAGCUGGUGCUGUUUGCGUUAUCCUUUUGCUGAUUGAAGUCUGGUGGUAUCUAGUAUCGUUGCUGUUUGACAUUGAUUGCAUGCAUGCCUGCUGCUUGAAGGUUCUCUGCCUGGUUUCUUGGUAACGAUCUGGCCUGGGUACAGUUUGUUGUUUAUUCAGGAGAUUGUCUCCAUCUGGUUGCUUCUAUAUGGUCUGGUCGUUUCACGGCACUGUGUACAGGCAAUUGUGUUCAGGUUGGCGCUGUUCCGAACCGUCAAGCUUUGUGACUUCCGAUCUGCACACAAGUCUGCAGAACGAGUAUCGAAUACAUACCAGGGAGUCGAGUGUGCUGUGAGCAAAGAGGAAGAGAGAGGAGAAGUUAUGUUCUGUCAAUGUUAAGAAGGUUUUCGCUGCUACUAUUAAAUCUCCCGGAGGAGGUCCAUUACACUUCUUUGGAGCCUGACACUUUUAUUACAGGCCCGUCUUUCUUAGAUCCAACUUUGCGCAUCACCGGAGUCUUAUCCGGAGGCGUUGACGCACGCCGGCUGUGGUCCUCCCAAACUAGAUUAUUAGAUCGAACGGCAUAUUAUACUGAAGUACACCCACUUUAAUAUCAUAUCGUGACCGUAGUGAUAUCUGUGCACUAUCCGCCUCUUGUAUCGGAAGAAGAGUUGACAUAUUGACACUCAGCUCGUCAAUUCUGCAGAGUUUCACACACUCUGAAUCUCUUGAUGUGACCUAUCAGUGGGAGAAAACACCUGACUCCGCAACAAAAGUAUACGAGGUCGGGAAACGUCGAGUCGAAACAGUGAACUGAUGAGUCUAUGAGAAGUAGUAGAGAUUUUACUCAAGUGGAGAACAUGUACGGUGUCGGCCGAACUUCGAGGGGACUUCUUGAUCCAAGGGAUGGAGGGAUAACAGUACCUCACUCUGUGAACUCGAUGCCCAGACGACAGCUGAACGUAUUUGGUGGCUCUGCCGACGAGAGAGCUAGCCGUGGUAAAGCGGCUGUCGACGAAGAUAGGCUGGGAAGAGAUGGUAGGAUACCCGGGUUCUUACCAAAGCAGUCCAGGGGUUUCGAUCAAGCCGAAGGCAGUGGAUAUGGAAAUACAGAACGAAGGUCGGGUUUCAAGGACGAACUUGGCGCCAUGAAAUUGUUGAGGUCCGAUGAUGCUAUACGAGGAGGGGGUGGUGGAGAUGCAAACCGACUUCGUGAAGGUGCAGUCGGGGGCAGAGUGGAAAGAACUUACAGAUCAGACUACGCUGAUGAGCCAAAAUGGGUGAGACACGGAGGAAAGUAUGGUAGUUUUAACAACUACGAUGGAGUUGGAAGCCUUCGGAGCUCUGGAUCUGAUUUUGUCACUUCGGCCGGCAACAGUCAUGAUUUUCUUCCCGGAUUUAUUUUUGAGAGCCCGAAGCGCAUGAUUCUCGAUUGGACUUUGAAGGGAACAUUUGCGUUGACAUUUGAUGACCGCCGUCUCGCGGAACAAGUUGGUCCUGGAACCAAAGUGUUCCUUUUCGAUGGUAAUUCAAGAGAGCUAUAUGGUGUGUUUCAGUCGAUGGGAUAUGCUAUCUUCGAUCUUGAUUCUGAGGUUUCAUCAUCACAGGUACGAGUCCGGGCAAUCAAGGAUUGUCUCCCUCUUCUUGAGAGAGACUUCAAGGAAUUUAUACGUGACAAUUACUACACGAAUACGAAGUUCACGGCGGGAUUAAGCAAGGAGCAGGUGGCGAAGUUGAUGCAGUGCUUCCGUCCAGUAGUGGAUGCCGGCCGCAGCAUCCAUUCGACUUCAUCUAGAAGUUCCUUGCAUUCCGGGCUUGUUCAAGGCCGGCAAGAUUUUCAUGGCCUUUCAGAUGACAUUUAUGGUAAGGAAGAUCGGAGGAGGGCUCCUGGUCUGGACACAAGAACUCUUAAUAGCCACGCUUACCAUGGACAAGAUGGAGGACGUUUCUCUUCAAAGGUCCCGAUACAGGUUCAUUCAUCAAAAGGCUUUAGUAGUGAUGCGGAAGCUUAUGGGGACGAAGUCAUAUUGCCGCUCGAUUCAUCCGCGAUGGCCGUUUUGUCUCGUGGCAAGCAACAGUCAGUCAGAAGUGUAUCUGGUUCAAGAACUACUGCAGGCCACAAUGUAACCACUGGCAGGCAUGCAGACUUGAAGGUCGGUGGUGGAGAUUGGAGAGAUGAUGACACAAGGGAAGUUCUGUACAGAAAGAGGCACGCAAUUUCGUCGAACGCAUUGGACGAUCUGAAAAGGGGGAAUACAUCUUCGAGUCCUAGCUGGAAGGAGGUUCACCAGUCGAGGGCUGAAGUUACAGGAAGUGAAGUGUUUGAUAGGGUCGGCAAAGGUGGAUACAAAGAGGAAGUGCCUUACGUCGCCAGCACGAGACAUGUGCGGAACGACAUUGAUUUGAACAUUCCCCUCGACAUGGGACACGGAGAACCCUCAUCGUCUCACGUGCACGAUGUGGAUUCUAAGAUAGUCCGACGGAGAGUUUGGGAGGAGGAAGAUGACAAAAGCUUUGUGUCUUCUCCUCCAAAGGGUCGGUCUGUAGCUUCUCGGGGGUCAGAUUAUGCAGUUGCCUCCAGUUCCCGUGACGACUUCGAAGAGCUGAGCCCAGCUUCCGAAGAUGUUUCUCUCCUCCGCGUGGCCGAGAAAGGCAGGCCAAGUCCGGUCCCGGUUUCGAGCACUUUCCUCAAUGGGAAGACAGGGAAGUCUCAUGCGAGGCCCCUUGCAGGUGCGAAAGCUCUAGGUAGAGAGAAACCAGGGCUUGCAACGUUAUUAGCAUCAAGGAGGGAAUCAGUGCCUUCCAGGGAAGUUGUGCACAGCAUCGGCAGAGACUUCUCUGCCAGGAAUGCGAACGUCCCCGUCUUCAAAAUUAAAGCCAAUCUGCAGGCGCCGCCAGGUAAGGGUCGGGCCGAGCGUGUGGUAACCCUUCUCAAUACGGCCAAACCUAGACAGCGCUUCGUUGCGGCUGAGGACGACGAUGCCCGACAAUCGUGGAAAGAAACCAACUUCGAUAGUUCUGAGGAAGGCGGCCUCAGAUCUGACAGUAGGAAGAGGAAGGCAAGCGUCUGGUCGAGGAUCAAUCUUCCACCGGCAAAGCCUUUUGUAAAGAAAACCCCCUUGCCGUAUGGUAAAGGCCGCGUCUUCAGCCGACUUGGCCCUGCAGGGAAUUCUUUUGCUGAAUCCAGAGACAAUAUUGUUGCAAACAAGAAGAAAAAGAUCUAUCCACACCAGAACUUGGUCUGGACCAGAAAAGUUGAUGCGGCUGGAGAUGGUGCCCUGAGGACCCACGAUGCGAGACUUGCUGAAGACGACGUCCUCGCUGACGACUCCUUCUUCGAUGUCCCUGAGAAUAGGGAACAAGCCACGGAGGAACCUCAGGGUUGGAGUCGCAAAAAGUCUCAAGUCGUGUCCGCCAGCUCGGGAGACGAAGGUGGGAACCUGGACGCUGGUGAGCCUGGGAAAGGUGGGAGGAGGAAAAUUGUGAGGCCAACGAUCGGAGGUAGAUUUGAAGAUAACGAACUGGGGGAUAAGUUUACUCUUGCAGCUCCCGAAGUGGAAAAAGACCCCCGUCAACACCGGAAUGUUUCUUCUGCCUCCGGCGACCAUAACACCUUCGUGCAACAAGGCAGUCCUGGCGUCAUGAUGGAUAUUGAAAUGAACACCGGUGAAGCAAAGGAUGGACGGAAUUCGUUUCAAGAUUCAGCUUCUGCGAAUGCUGCCGCUGUAUGCCGGGAAUUUACGUCGACCUCCGUCUUUGGAGGAAGUUCUGGAUUCGAGGCAGAUAAUAUGAUGUCGUAGCGCGCCGCUGACGAUACUGCACCAGAAAUCUUUCCACCUCAAGGUUGUUAGACAAUGGGCACGCACUGGCGAGUAGGUUCGUCUCUGGCCAUCUGCUCGCGUAAGGUUCUCUCUCUACGCAGCUUGAAGAAUCGGGCCUGCCAGCUAUGAAGCCGUAUCUGAUCGAUGACAUAUGGAAUACUCUGCUGAUCUUGAAGUUGUGAUACGCGUGAGUUCAUGGGCAGUAUUUUCACCAUCGAGGACGUCUCUCUCCUUCCAAUGCUGGCCCUCCACGAAGUUGAAGUGAAGCCUGUCGCUGAUGUCGCAUUCCGAUUACGGCUGAUUCCGAGUACGGCCUGCCCUUGAGACACCUGAGUCGGCUGGGGUUAAACUGCCAGCAGACUGCAUCGACUUUUCCUGCCGAGUGGGAGGUUGUCGAAGCUCUCAAAGAAAGAGUAGAUAUCAAACUUGUUAAUAUAUGGAAGGGAGGGUGGAUCUUACUGGGAAAAAGUAUGAAAGCGGCUGCUUCAGACCUGGGGAGUGGUGGUUCCCAUUUCGGAGCUGUUUUGGGAAGGGGUAAUACAUGGGGAUGUGUUUGAUGUUUCUUCGAGCGAGUUGCAUAGAUCGCGUGAAGGAUACAAACCUUGUGAAACGAAAAAAGCCUGUUAUCGAUCCCAACAGCUUGAGAUCGACGCAACGGGGUUUAGAAGCUCGUGCACUCCAGCCUGACAGAUUUCCGACAAGUUCGUGAAGUCGUCUCAAGAUUACACAGUUUCCCCCAGUUUACCCCUUUGUGAACUGGAAGUUUUCAUCGUAGCUGCAUGUCUACUUAGUCCAUACUCUUCGUUCGUAUGUCUCCCUUGAUGUGAGACAUUGAUGUUCUUCAGGCUUCGGUUUUGUGAUCUCUCUCAUGAGCAUUGCCGUUGGUCUAGCUCCUUGUCACACCUCUUAGAGUGUAGAAUGAAGCACCAGAAGUCUAGGCGAAAUCUAACAGCUAGCUAGUGAAGCCUACCAUCAGUCACGCGAAGUCACAUGUUUCUCAGAGGUGCCGGCCCGGAUGUGCAUCGUCUUCUCAACACUGCUUCCAGUAUGUGGCGGAGCUCUACUAUGAGGACGAUUUUCACACCUGUUACUGGACAACUUGAGCCCUUCGCAUCGAUCUGGAGCCAUUCGAGAACCUAACUCAAAAGUGGCUGAGAGUCCUUACGACAGCAGGCGGAGGAGGCAGCUGUCGAGGGACGUCGACAUGAUACCCACCGGGAAGGCCACAAUCCACUACCUUGGAACUCCCGAACACACACACCACUGUUGUGUCUGAAGGACCAAGAAUCCAUUGCAGGUAACGAUAUUACAGUCACUUGUGAUGAACGGACACUGAAGCCCGAGAUACGGUUACCACCUGCAGGCAGCGUAAUAUCGGGAAAGAGAUUACAGGAGAAAAUUAAGAGGACUGACUACUACCUAUCUGCCCAUGGUCAUAUGUUCUGCAGAAAUGUCCAUGUGGUGAUAUGCUUUGCCAUGGACACUUCUUCUGUUCAGCAUGUGUGAGGACAGUGGUCUGUUGUCUUGACGAAGUCCUUAUGAUUUGUCAGUGAUGAUCAGUGAGGGAUCAAAUCACGCUGAUGGAUUCGAACAUCCGCACGUAGACGAAGCAUCCUUCCGUAAGGUUAGAAAAGGUUCAUGGAAGCCUUAACCAAUCUACUUGAAUCUUCUUAUCUCAUUCCGAGCAGUUACUCGGCAUUCAUUUAGUCCAUUUUUUUAAAUUUAUAAUUGUACAUUCGUUUCCUUGACUAACUUCAACUAAACGUAUGAGAAGGGUCCGCAAUAUCAUU